UUGGAUAAAAAAAUACCUAUAUCCAACUAGUUUAAAAACAGUUCGAUUUCAAAUAAAGCUUUCGGAUCGGAUUAGUUUUUGACACCUCUAUAACCAUGUGGUCAUGUGCGUUGUUAUUGGUACUUCACCAAUUGGCAUAAAAUUAUUCCUGUAUUAUCAAUUUGGUACUGGUGUGUGCCCAAAUUUCUUGUAAUCUUAAACCUUCCGACCCGCACUCCACAUUCCUAAUUAGUAUUAACUUCCCAUUAUAUUGGUCCCAAAAAAAUAUCCACUUAUCCCUUUCUAUAUAAACACACCACCUUUCUUGCCCAUUUUCUUCCUUCUAAAAUCACCUCUCCUUUACACAUACACAACUAAAAGUUCUCUUCAUUCCAACUCCCCCUUUUCUAUUACUCUACAUUACACAUAAAAAAAAAAUUUAAAAAAAAAAAAAACCAACAAUGUGUCCUCAUGAGACCAAGAUGAUCUCCUCCACCUCAGAUGGGCGGGCGGCCCUUCAACGUCGAAACACUCUUAAAAAAAUCGCCCUAAAGACACCACCUCCUGCUCCUCCAUCACCGCCCCCACGAAGUGCUAAAUCGAGGCCAUUAUCCUCAGCCUCGCCGACCUCCCCUAAGCUGAGGUCGCCAAGGCCUCCCGCCGUGAAACGUGGGAAUGAGAAUAACAGCCUUAGCUCUAGCUCAGAUAAGAUCAUACUCCCCAGAGCUCCACUCAUGCGUUCCGUUAGUAGUUUGGAAAGAAAGAAGUCUAAGAAAUGGGGUGUUAAUAACAACAACGGUGUCACCCGUUACGGCAUUGAUCAUAUUGUCAGCGAUAUUGAUCCAUCUUUGAUGCUACGAUAUUCGUCGUCUUUGAUCACAGAGGCUCCUGGAAGUAUAGCUGCUGUAAGAAGAGAUCAGAUUGCGCUACAACAUGCUGAAAGAAAGAUGAAAACUGCUCAUUAUGGAAGGUCUAAAUCUGCUAAGUAUGAGGCUAAAGUUUCACCAUUAGUUGAAUCUUUGAGGAAAAUCAAGACUUCCGAAACACCUGUUCAUGAGAGAAGAUGCACUUCUGUUACUCCUAAUUCUGAUGCUCUUUUUGUUGCUUAUCAUGACAAGGAAUGGGGAGUACCAGUUCAUGAUGACAAGAUGUUGUUUGAAUUGUUAGUACUGAGCGGUGCACAAGUUGGCUCCGAUUGGACAUCCAUCUUAAGGAGACGUCAAGAUUUUAGGGAUGCGUUUUCAGGAUUUGAUGCAAAAAUAGUGGCCAACUUUACAGAAAAGCACAUCAUAUCAAUAACUACGCAAUAUAGCUUUGAGAUAAGCAGAGUUCGAGCAGUUGUUGACAAUGCCCAAGGAAUCAUCGAGAUUAAAAAGGAAUUCGGAUCAUUUGACAAGUAUAUUUGGGGAUUUGUAAACAAUAAACCAAUUUCUCCUCAAUACAAGUUUGCCUACAAAAUUCCAGUCAAGACAUCUAAAUCCGAAAGUAUAAGCAAAAACAUGGUGAGACGAGGGUUUCGAACCGUCGGUCCAUCAGCCGUUCAGUCCUUCAUGCAAGUGGCCGGACUUACCAACGAUCACUUGAUCACUUGUUACAGACACCUCCAAUGUACUGCACUGGCUUCUGUCAUCUGUCAUCCUGACCAAUUAUAAUCCGUGAAUGAUCAUUUUCUGCAGAGUAUAUGUAAAACUCUAUACAUGUAAGACGCUUGACGUAACGGACCUUGUAACUCCAAAUGCUUGUGUGAUAUACAUGUAAUCAACUAACCCCAAUUGUAGUGACAAAUUAGUGCUUGUUAAAUUAAUUGUGACUUGUAAUAUGCUUAGUUUAUUUUUA